AUGUAACAAUUAAAAGUUCGUUGGGGUAGUUGUAUCGACUAUCCUCCUCCUCCUCCUCCUCUCUCUCUCUCUCUCUUCCCACCCUUUAAAACCCUGUCAUCCUUCAUAAUUUUGCAACCCAUUGAUCUUUUUCUCACUUUUGUUCUCAUUCAGUCACAUUCUUAGCCUCACAUAUACUCGAUCUCUUCCAAAGUUGAGUACUUUACCAAAAUAAAAAAUUUCCCGUUGAGAAAGAGAACUCAGAGCCACACUCUUUUGAUUUUAAACAAUUGUAUCCCUUGUUUUCAUCCAUUUUCCUGCUUUAUACAAACCCAAUAAGCCCAUUUCCAGAGAGUUCCCCCUCCUCAUGGCAGAUCAUAAGAAUGAUUCAGGAACCGUUUCUGUUGAAGCUUCAAGAGAAAGAAGAAAACUUCCCAACUUUCUACUAUCUGUGAGACUUAAGUAUGUGAAGCUUGGUUACCACUACGUAAUUUCCAAUGCUAUGUACCUUUUGCUCAUACCCCUUUUUGGGCUAGCUUCUGCUCAUCUGUCAACAAUCUCUCUCCAAGAUGUUGUCCAACUAUGGGAAAACCUCAAGUUCAAUCUUGUGUCUGUGACUCUAUGUUCAAGUCUUAUAGUAUUCCUUGUUACUCUCUACUUCAUGAGCCGCCCAAGAGGGGUUUACUUGGUGGAUUUUGCAUGUUACAAGCCAGAGCCAGACUGCACUUGCACAAGGGAGAUUUUCAUGGAAAGGUCUGAGUUAACCGGGGUCUUCUCAGAGGAGAACUUGGCCUUUCAGAAGAAGAUACUUGAGAGGUCUGGUUUGGGACAGAAGACUUACUUGCCUCCAGCAAUCUUGAGUGUUCCACCAAACCCUUGUAUGGCUGAAGCAAGGAAAGAAGCUGAGGAAGUGAUGUUUGGAGCCAUUGAUCAGCUUCUAGCCAAAACUGGGGUCAAGGCUAAGGAUAUUGGCAUUUUGGUGGUGAAUUGCAGCUUGUUCAAUCCCACACCGUCACUUUCUGCUAUGAUUGUGAACCACUACAAGCUAAGAGGGAAUAUCCUAAGUUAUAAUCUCGGUGGCAUGGGUUGCAGUGCUGGCCUUAUCUCUAUAGACCUUGCCAAGCAGCUCCUGCAGGUUCAUCCAAACUCUUAUGCCUUAGUGGUGAGCAUGGAGAAUAUCACUCUCAACUGGUAUUUUGGCAACAACCGGCCAAUGCUAGUCUCAAAUUGUCUCUUUAGAAUGGGUGGAGCUGCAGUUCUCCUCUCCAACAGGCCUUCUGAUCGCAGAAGAGCCAAAUAUCAACUUAUCCAUACAGUGCGUACUCAUAAGGGUGCAGAUGACAAAUCUUAUGGUUGUGUGUUUCAAGAAGAAGAUGAGAAGAAAACAAUUGGUGUUUCACUCUCAAAGGACUUAAUGGCUGUAGCUGGAGAAGCCCUCAAGACUAACAUCACAACACUUGGCCCAUUAGUGCUUCCUAUGUCAGAGCAGCUAUUGUUUUUUGCAACUUUGGUUGCUAGAAAAGUGUUCAAGAUGAAAAUAAAACCAUACAUCCCAGAUUUUAAGCUAGCUUUUGAGCACUUUUGCAUCCAUGCUGGAGGAAGAGCUGUGUUGGAUGAAUUGGAGAAAAAUCUAGAGCUCACUGAUUGGCAUAUGGAGCCUUCAAGAAUGACUCUUUACAGGUUUGGUAACACUUCUAGCAGUUCAUUGUGGUAUGAAUUGGCCUACACUGAAGCUAAAGGGAGGAUCAGAAAGGGUGACAGGACUUGGCAGAUUGCAUUUGGUUCUGGGUUCAAGUGCAACAGUGCAGUGUGGCGUGCAUUGAGGACCAUUAAUCCAGCAAAGGAGAAGAAUCCUUGGAUGAAUGAGAUUCAUGAGUUUCCUGUUCAUGUGCCUAAAGUGGCAACCAUUGGUUCCUAAAAUAACCUCUUGUUUUUUUUGGGAGGCUAUCUUAAAGGAAGAAAUUUAUUUAAGGUUUCAAUAGUUAAUCUUAGGUGGUGUGCAAAAAUAGAAGAGAUUAUUACUCCCAGCAGGUUUGCUGGUUUUGCAGUUUCUUUGAUCUUGUGCUACUAUUGUGCUGAAGUUGUAAGAGUGUGCAUACAAUUGUUGUCCCUUGAAACAUUUAUUACAUGAUUUUCAUAAAAUGUAUUAAUUGACCUUUCAAAGGUUUCUGAAAUUUGAUUUUUUAAGUUGCUUAUUGAGCUGAAGAGCUACUACUAGUAUUGGAGAAAAAAACGUAUCGUGAAUUAAGGUUUGACUAAACAUUAUUUCUUAAAUAGUGCUAUUGUUGGAUAAAAUCGAUAGCUUGGUGUUUACGGUGAAAAAUGACAGUUAUAAACAAAUAAUUCAAAGAUCAAUCUGGGGACUGGAUUUAGGUCCUCUUUGGGUUCUU